AUGCCUCGGCGAUUAUCUGAUUAUGUUGUGUCUGUUGACUUGUCCAAUGAAUGGAGACGCCACUUGGUUUGGUCGAAGAAGAAUGGGGAUGAUCUCAAGGCUCUGGUUACAGGGAGGUACACAUCUACCUCAGUCUUCCUAUCCCUUUUGUUCAGCACUGAAAUGGCUGUGAUCUAUAGCCCGUCUCGCCCUGCCGACGAAAUCAGAGAAGCAUUGGAGAACAAGGAGAUCCACAAAGUAGAAUUCUGGGCGGGGUUGGCUCUCUGCGUAUCGAUAUUCUUCUCUGUAUCAGCUCUCGUUGCCAAUUUCACAGCUUGGUCCGUCUUUUCUUCCUUGAGCACGGAGAAUGCCCCCAUUGUCCUCCGAUCCAACGUGGGGCUGUACAGCGCUCAACUUCCAUCAAGACUGGUAGUUUUGGCUCUAUACCUUUUCUUCGCCGUGAUUGUGCUAACGUGGUGGGUGGUCAUGCCGGGGGAGGCAGCAUUCUUUCUGACUCUUGGGGGCUUUCUCGUGAUCGUUCAUAUUAUCCAAACAUUCAGUGCUACGGCGAAUCUGGUCAUGUUGACGGGCGCCAUGGCCAAUAUGCCGAUAAUAGAAGAGGAUGAAGAGGUCCAUUUAAGCCCAGGGCAACUAUCCGAUAUUCUCAUUGAGCGAGCUCGUUUGGCCAAGAAACUAAAAGUCGACGUGAUGAAACAGUACAGGGUUGACUAUCAGCAGUUGCUUCGAGAAGUGGAGGAUGGAACCCUGCAAUUCCCCAUUUCGGAGUCUGAAUACAAUCUACGAGCUAGCAAAAUGGUGCAUAUGCGCCGCCAAAUGCCGUCUAGAUUCCUGGACGUUCGUGUGGGAAGUGAAUUGGACAUGGUUGACGAAGAACACGGGUAG